AUGUCUAACGAUAAAUCCCAGGUUAAGCUACGUUUUUUCACUCGUGAAGAGGAUGAAACAUUGCAUGUUAAUGACACUCCAAUAUACGCACCAGUCAGUCUAAAGAGAUAUGGUCUUUCUGAGAUUGUUAAUCAUUUGUUGGAACUACCAAAAUCUGUACCAUUUGAUUUCCUUAUUGAUGGGGAACUUUUGAGAACUUCUCUUCAAGAAUAUUUGACCAAGAAAGGUCUCUCAUCGGAAAACUUUUUGAAUGUUGAAUAUACCAGAGCAGUUCUUCCACCUUCAUACCUCUCCAGUUUCGAUAAUGAGGACUGGGUUAGUGCUCUUGAUGUCGGAAGCAAUUACAUUUACAGCGGUUCUUAUGAUGGUAUUGUGAGAACAUACAAUUUGUCCGGUAAGGUCGAAAAGCAAUACAGUGGUCAUUCUGGCCCUAUUAGAGCUGUACGCUACAUUUCUAACACUAGAUUGGUAUCUGCAGGUAACGAUCGUACUUUACGUCUAUGGAAAACUAAAAACGAUGAUUUGAAGGCCAUCGAUGAAGAAGAGGUGGAAGAUGGUAAAACUCUUGCUAUCUUAGAAGGUCACAAGGCUCCUAUCGUUUCCAUAGAUGUCUCAAAGGACCGUAUCCUAUCUGCAUCUUACGAUAAUGCAGUCGGUUUAUGGUCAACUAACUACAAGGAAAUGACAGUUAUUGAUCCAAUGGAAGAUUUAGGAAAUAAUGUGUCUUCUGCUGCAAAGAAGAGAAGAAAGCUAACUCUAAAGGAUGGAUCAAUCAGAAGAAGAGCUCCUUUGUCAUUACUAGAAUCGCAUUCUGCUCCAGUAGAGGCUGUCCUCUUUGAUAAUUUAGACCAAACUGUUGGUUAUUCCGUAUCACAGGAUCACACAAUCAAAACCUGGGAUCUAAUAACAUCUAAGUGUGUCGAUACCAAGACUACCUCAUAUUCUUUACUAUCUAUUGCUCAAUUGCCGAAAUUAAACCUUUUGGCAUGUGGUUCUAGUGCAAGACAUAUCACUCUUCAUGAUCCUCGUGUAGAUUCAUCCUCAAAAAUCACACAACAACAGCUAAUUGGUCACAAGAAUUUUGUAGUUGCAUUGGAUACUUGUCCUGAAAAUGAAUAUAUGUUGUGCUCAGCUUCUCACGAUGGUACUGUCAAAGUUUGGGAUGUUAGAUCGAACUCCGCCAUGUACACCAUAACAAGAGAAGAUAAAUCUGUAGUAAAGGGCGUCAACGACAAGGUUUUUGACGUCAAAUGGGCACAAGGUGUGGGCAUCAUUAGCGGUGGCCAGGAUAAGAAGAUUCAAAUUAAUAAGGGUGACAACAUUUUCAGUAAUUAA